UUUUUUUUUUUUUGAGGGGUGCUCACUGUAGAUAGUGGAAAAAUGGAAGGUGAGUAGUCCUGAUCCUUGCUUUAAUUUCAUAAAUUUUGUUAUUUUCUUGCUUUUACGUUCAUCUAUGUUGUAAAUUCCUUGUUUACGGGAAAAUAUAUUGAUUUAGGUACAGUUUAUUGUUGGGAUACUCUUGAACAAUUCGUAGAAAACAGUAGGGUUGUGCACUUGUGCUUGUAAUUUUUAAAUUUUGUUGAAAUGGUGUUUCAAAUUAUUCCAAUAUUCAAUUUAAUUUGCAGAUUUUAAUUAAAUAUUAUAGCAUGUUCAGGUAGGCAUACGAAGAAAAGGAAGACUACAAUCUACAUAUGUUGAUGACCAUUUGGAAACAAAAUAACUAUCUUGAAUCUUACCUUUGAAGAUCAUGUCUUCCUCUCUAAUCAACUCGUGUAGUACAUUUGGAUAUGAAAUACUCUUUUUUUUUUAAUAGAAUCUACCAAUCUGGGCAAGGAAGCAGGGGAGGUGAAGAGGAUAAGGGUGAAAGUUGAGUUAAGGGUACAUUUAGGACCUGAAUUAUUAGGAUUUUUACCGUUAAGAACCUGGAACUUUUUUAUGCAUCGUUCAGGUCCUAAUGCCAAUUGAAGUUGCAAAUUGUAACUAUGGUUAAGUGUGGGGCCCAAAUAAAGUAAUAAAUUGGGAAAACCCAAAAAGUAAUGAUUUGUUGUAUUUGGAGCAGAGGAAAAACACAGCGUUUGACGACUCAUUACACUGGUAUCCAUAAACUUGGUGUCACAAAACAUAACCUCCGCUAUAUAUCUCUUCCUCUGUACUCAUUCACUCUUACACUCUUCAUCUUCCACUCUUAUCAGUACAAGUUCUCUGUCAUAUUGAAAGAAGACGAUCUUAGAGGAGAUUUUUUCUGCAAAACACAUCAAAAUCUUCAAGGCUUAACACGGAAAUGUCAAAAUCUGCUGAGGAUGUGCUUAACAAGAGAAAGUGUCAUGUUCCUACAGCACCUAAGGCACCCAAUCAGGCAAGCAACCAAACUCUCAAUGCAACUGCUACUCCACCAACCCAACAAUCACAUUCAGCAGUUCCUAUGCACAACACAGGAUUUCAAAGACAAGCAAAUUUCAAUGAAAGUCAGUCAAGCUCAAGCAACACAACUAGAACAACCAAUAUACCUUCAAUUGGAUCAUUGUACUAUGGAGCAACACAAUUAUUCUAAGGCUACUACAAUAUGGAGUUUUGCUUAUUUUUGGUGAUGGUGAUUGCUGAUUGAAGAGGAUAACCAAUGGAGUUUUGCUUUUUUUCUGGGUUUUUUUCUUUUUUUUGGCUUCUUAAUAUAUUUUGGGGCAUAAGAACAUUCCCCUGCUUUUUUUUGGGUUUCUUUGUAUAACGCAUAUUGUGAAACUGUAUUUCAGGAACUAAAAGUUCCAAAAAUUCCAACGAUUACUUUUGAAUUUUAAUUUCCCCUGUUUUUUGGGUCUAGUUAACCUC